UUUACUUGCAACGAGGGUCCGGGUAGGAAGAUUGGACCAAUUCCGUUAAAGGUGGUGAGGCUAAUUGCAUGUUGCAAGAAUGGAGAGAUUUUAGCACAGGGCACUGAAGGAAAGUUGUUCCUGUAUGAUCCCAAAACUAAUGGAGUUAAGGACAUUCUCAUUGAUGAAGUUCGGGCGAAUUCAUAUAAAGGUUGUAGCUACACAGAGAGUUUAGUUUCAAUUGAGGGGAUGAAACAAGUAGGACAGAAGGGAUAG